AAGGAGAGGCCCCGCGUACGUCAAAAACGUCGAGUCGUGUGUGUAAUGUAAAUUUUUCAAUCCCCCAAAGUUUGAACAUUCGCGAGCGCUCAGUGCGAUUCUGCAAUGUGUAUAUUUCGUGUAUUAUUCUAGUGCGAUUUGAUUGCCCGUGUUAUUUUUCCUGUAAAGUGCAUUGAUUGGCCCCGAAAUCCUUACGAAGCAGUGCGUGUCCAUUAGGGCCAAAAGUGAGAGUGAAAACGCAAGAAUACGAAUGUCGAUACCUCCGUCGUCGUCCACUUUUGGCUGCUGCUGCUACUACUGCUGAAAAGCGGUCCUCGUCCUCGCCCCUACUGCUGCUGCUGGCGCUGUUUUGGGGUGCGAAAGGCAGGCUGCGAACAGAAGAACGAAAAUGUCGGAAAUGAAACGUGUGACACUGACGUCGAUUAGUGAUGUGGUGAGGAAGAGUCCUUUUGGCGGUGCACUGGAUCAAAACACGGAGAGCAUUUUCUCCGGUGCAUUCGGCGGGGGUGGCGGAUCGGCCUCUUCCGGCGGAGGAGGCGGCAAGAAUGGCACCGCUGGCGGCAAGCCACGGAAAACCGUCCGGCUGGAGAUGGCACUGUUCGAACCGACGGCGCAGAACUUCCCCGAGUUUAACUUCUCCAAACUGAUGCAUGAGGAGCAGAAACGGCAACGCAAAGUGGAAAAGAAGGCCUCCACCACUCCGAAUGGGUUCCUGUCGGACGCGGACAACGACGACGACGUUGCCCGGAUCGCGCGGGAACUGGAGAAGAAGUACGGCUCCGGUCCGGCAUACAGCAGUUCCGGCAAGUCUGCCCGCCCCUCGCAGCUGGACAUCUACGACCGAGGAGCAGGCUACGACGAAGAGGAUUCCUUCAUCGACAACACGGAAGCGUACGAUGAGCUGAUUCCGGAGGAGGUGGAAACGGUCGGCGGAGGGUUCUACAUCAACUCCGGGCAGCUGGAGUUUAAGACGCUUUCGAACUUUGAACGACCGGAAGAUGCCGUUCGGAUGCCGAAGCCGAAGAAGCGACUGUUGUCGUCUUCGAGUGAAAGUGGCAGCGAAGAAGGGGAGAAGGAGGAAGAAAAGAAGAAGGAAGAAUUGGGUAGUGCGACGAGUGGGGCGGAAAGUGGCACCGGGAAGAGCGGCAAGGCGGAGCGGUUGAAUGGACAUGUUGGGAAAAAGCAGAAGAUGACUAACGAGAAGAUGGAGCGAAAGUUACAGGAAAAGAAGAAAAAGAAAAAGGAAGCCAAGGAAGAUAAGCAAGGAGAGAAAGAGAUCAAGGUGGUCAAGACGAUUACAGUGAAGGACAUGCUGAGGGCAAAGCGGGAUAGUAUGCGGAAGAUGGAACAGGAGAAGAAGGGAAGGAGUAGUGCACCGGUUUCCAGCUCGGAGGCGGAAGAGGAUGGCGAUGAUGAAGAAGAAGACGAUGAGGAAGAAGGAAGCGACGCGAGCGAUAGUGACUCGAGUGGAAGUGGAUCGGAAGAGUCGGAGAGCGAUAGCGCAACAGGUAGCGAACAGGAACCGCCCAAGGUUAACGGUGAAGAGGAUAUCAAGAAACAAAUUGAUGUUCGGUUGCCGGAUAAUCUGCCGGAUCAUUUGCUGCAGGAUUUGAACGAUUUGAAGGAGAUUGCGAAUAAGUCGAGUGGUAAGUUCAAUUUCUUCGACACAACGGUUGCUGAUCUGCUGCUGCAGAUCGAUGUGAGUUCUAGAAUGUGCGGCGGAAGUGCCCGGAAUUCCAUCUACAAACACUUGGAGGAACACCUGCACGUGAGUCGGCAAACUCUAAUGAUCAAAAUAAAGAAAAUUCGCAUUAGAAAAGAGGACAACAAGGUAAAGAUAGCUCUCGACAAGCUUGAGAGUGCGGUAACGGAACUGAUGCCGAAAAUCAUCACGAACUACGAAGCGGAGAAGCAGAAAGCAAUCGAACUUCGCAACUCACUGCCCACCGGUGAAAAUGGAGAGAAACCGGAAAUCAAACAUCCAAAGAAGAAAUUUCCAUGGAACGACCAUUUGCGUGGUUUAUUGUUCGCUAUUGCCAGCAUCCGGAAACAGUCGUUCGUCAUUCUCCGGCCCAGGAAGGAAACGGAGGAAGAGUUCAUCCAAAGCUAUCUGCGGAAGCAUGUCGUACCCCUGUGGCCUUGUGGAUGGAUAAAGUUUGAAGAUCUCCAGAAGGAACUGGAUAGGCGAAAAAAGAACGACAUCAAAGCUGCCAACAAAGAGACCAAAAAGACUGUCCAUCUGUCCAGCGCUACCACAGCAGAACUUCCAUCACAGGCACUUGCCAAUGGUCCAGGAAGCAAACCGGAUUCAGUGUCUUCAUCACCUUCGGUUAAGCCUGCCGGGUCCAAACCGGAGGAUAAGAAAACGAUUCGUCCUCCACAAUCUUCGCCGGUGGUGAUGGCGGCGGCUAGUCCUUCGCAACCUCCCGCCAGCACUUCUCCAGCUGCCACUAAGAAAACUUCCGAUCACAGCAUAAUCAACAUCAUCAGUUCGCCACCGAGCAAAACUAGUUCCUCGCAACAUUCCAGUCAUUACCAAUCUCAGCCGUCACCCCAACCGCCCCGACCUCAAUCGCAACCGCCUCGCCAGUCUGCCAAUUUUGACGAAGAUCUAAUCCAAACUUCCGUCAUCAACCUGGAAGCGGCUCACAGUGCUUCGAAAUCCUCUCCUCAUCCGAUGGAUUACCGAAUCAACUCCCCCGCCCUGUCGUCAGCUUCCUCGGCGUCCUCCUCCCGAAGACAAUCAUCCUACCAGGAGCAACCACCGAUGGCACACAGCAAUUCAACGUCCGGCAACUCGAAUCUAAACAACCGAAAGGGAAGCAAGAGCCUGGACGAUGACAGCGAUAGCAGUAUUGAAAUCGUUGGAGAGUACAACAUGGGCGAAAAGAAGCCUGACCUAGCUCUGAACUUAGCUCUCCCUUCAAUCAACAAAGACAAGUACAAAAAGGCGGCCCCUCCCGUCAAAAGUAGUAACCGACCUAGCAGCGAAAGUGGAGCAAGCACUUCCGGCGGUAUCAGAGGAUCUCCAAUGAACAUCAACAAUAACAAUAACAACAACAACAACAACAACAAUGUUUUCGAAAAAGCCACCAAAUAUCGCCAUUCGCCUUCUCCUGCCACCUCGACGGCGACGACGACGUCGACAUCGGCCAUGAAGACCAACGCCACGGGAAAUUUCGCUCUGCCUACCUCUGUGGCUAGUCUGAUGCAGGACAUGAAGUCGAAUUCCCACGCUGUUGCAUCCCGGAUGUCGUCUGCUCCCAGUGAGCUGGACGUGUUGCGGAUAAUGAAGGAAUUGCACGAACUGCAGGCCAUUCAGAUCAGUUCCAGCAGCAAGGCUGCAGCCAAACACGGCAGCAGUCACAACAAUCGCGGCAAUAAUAAUAGUCCCAAACCCACACACUCGUACGGUCCCAAGCCAAAGCAGCAGGAUGCAGCAGGAUCCGCUUCCAACUAUCAAACCCCCAAAUCAACGGCUGCCUCGCAGCAACAGAAGCAACAACAAGCUCAUCAUAAGACUCCCCCGGUUCCCAGUAUGAACGGCGCCACCAGCAACCGGCCUGGCGCUACAACCGCGAGAGUACUGAACCCGAUGGCGAUUGAGAGAGCGCGCAAAAAUCCGCCACAUCAAAGGGAAUAAUGUUAGUCGUUCGGAUAAUCGUUGUUGUUUGUGUGUUAUUUAAGCCGUCGUCGAAAGAAAACACAUGUUGUACACAUUGAUGAAAAAUUUAGUUUAGUCCAACCUGCAGAAGAGAACGAAAGAAAAUUAGCUCUAUCACAUAGUUUACAGAGAAGGAGAAUCAAAUAGAACAGUAACCAGUGUGUAGUAAGACCCGUUAGCAGCAGGAUUGUCUGAGAGAUUGUAAAAAUAUAUAAAUAAUUGAAACAUACAAACAGAUGUCGAAAUUUUUUAACAUACACGUUUAAGUACGUAGUCAUAGGAUAAAGGUAAUGAUGGAGGGAGACAACAACUGUUUCCAUCCUUUUAUUUCAAGAAGACUUGUGUUUAUAGGUUAAUUAAAACUAUUUGGUUCAUUUGUUUGAUUUUAGUCUAACGUUACUUUGCUCUUCAACUUCAUUUCGAAUUGUAAACUGUAAUCAAACAAUGGCAAAUUAUCCAACACGGUUACAAAAGUAUAAUGUAGUUGGUAUAACAAAAAAAAAACUUCGAACGAAGUUAAUGCGUAGCAAUAAGAAAAGGAGUAAGUAAAUAAAGGUCAAAAGCCAUUUCUAAUGAAAUCAAAGCAUA